UUUCUCAAGCAAGACCUCCUCCAAAUCAGAAGAAAGGGUCACGAACACCCAUUAUUAUUAUUCCUGCAGCUACCACUUCUCUAAUAACUAUGCUUAAUGCAAAAGACCUUCUACAAGACCUGAAGCACCUGGAAUUCCGAUGUUUGAGAUGUUUUUUGGUGCUGAUAUCUGGUCUUGUCUUUGUUGG